GACCCGCUGCUCUCCCUGUCUGCUGCGCCCGCCUUGAACCCAACGAACCAAGCGACACGUGAACACAACCAGAAAAAGUCGGCACGAGCCGAGUCGCCUCGUCGUCGCCAGCCAUCCCCUCCUCCGACGACGCAGGCUGGGCUAGGCUAGGGUAGGGUUCCCGACCCGAGCCGAUGGACGGCGGCGGCGGUGCCGCGGCGACGGCGGCGACCAAGUGGCGGACCGACGCGUCGCGGGCGUUCCAGUACUACCUGGACCGCUCCACCCCGCACGCCACGGGGCGGUGGCUCGGCACGCUCGCCGUCGCGGCCAUCUACGCGCUGCGCGUCUACCUGGUGCAGGGCUUCUACGUCGUCACCUACGGCCUCGGGAUCUACCUCCUCAACCUCCUCAUCGGCUUCCUCUCCCCCAUGGUCGACCCCGAGCUCGACCCCUCCGCCGCCGUCGACGGGCCGGCCCUCCCCACACGCGGAUCAGACGAGUUCAAGCCCUUCAUCAGGCGCCUCCCCGAGUUCAAGUUCUGGUACGCAAUCACAAAAGCUUUUGUUAUAGCCUUUCUGAUGACUUUCUUCUCUGUAUUCGAUGUUCCUGUCUUCUGGCCCAUACUUCUCUGCUACUGGAUUGUUCUUUUCGUCCUUACGAUGAAGCGCCAGAUUGUGCAUAUGAUCAAAUACAAAUAUGUGCCCUUCAGCAUUGGGAAGCAGAAAUAUGGUGGGAAGAAGAGUGGUGCAAGCAGCAGUUCCUCAAAAGACUGAUCGCCAACGUACCCCGGUAGGAGCAUGGCAGGGGGGAGAAGAUCACAAGACACAGUGGAUGAUAUUUGAUGUGCUAAAUACCAAGUGUAAUAUUUCAUUCAUAUCUAGAGUUAGAAGGAUAUUCGUAUCUGUUUUUGACUGGGGUUCACUAUUUAAUUUGAUAUUGUGCUUA